AUGUCUCGGCUGGAUGAAAUAAAGGCAAGGGCGCACCCUAUCUUUCUAUUAUACAAAUUGUGCUGCCUGAUAAUCGUCUUCAUUAUUGCCCUUAUGAUCAUUUUGAUCGUAGUAAACACCAAUACAGUGAGGCCCAGUUGCUCAAUAAAGAACUUUUAUGUUCCUUCUCUCAACAGAUUGGAUAAUUCCAACUCCGGUACCAUCAACAACUUUAUCUUCUUCGACCUCGAACUCAAAAAUCGGUUGGAUGAUAUUAGUGUCCGCUAUGACCCUAUAAACCUCACAUUCUUUUAUGGUCCAAAGUCAAGCCUUCCAAUAGGCAACUAUACAGUAAGAGGGUUCCAUCAGGGUAAGAAAAAAAGUGCUCAGCGGAGAGAUGUGGUGGAGCCUCAUGGUGUUCCUUGGUCCGACGCAGUGAAUGCGGUUUCUAAUGGAUCCACGGUGGUUUUCAGGUAG